CCAGCAGUCGAAACUGGAAUUUCGAAACGCAAGGAACUAGAGAACCCAAGACCCCAGAACCCAAAGCCCAAAGAACCAAAAGCCAGUGAAAGUCGAAAAGUGUAUUGAAGUGAAAAUGAAUCUGCUCAUGGAUAGCCUGCCGUCGCAUGCGAAUCCUGGCCAGCGUCGCUCAACGCCACCUCAGCACGCCGAACUGAGGAUCUCCACAUCACCGCAGCAAUCGCCGCAGCAAAAUCAAACAACUAAUCACAACAAUAAUAAUGAGACACUCACAUCGCCAGCCGGUGGAAAGACCACUCUGAAACGCGCCUUUGAUGUGGCCUUUUUGAUGAUGCCCGAUGAGCGGAUCAAGCAGAAGCAGGCGGAGAAGCAGGCCCGUCUCCAGGAGGCACUGCAGCAUCAUCACCACCAGCAGCAGCAGCAACAGCAGCAGCAUCAGCAAAUGAGCCAUUAUCCCACGGAUUUGUCUCCCCGAGGAGCUUCCUCGCAGCCUCCUUCGCCGGCGGCUUUGGAGUACAUCAGUCUGUUGGAGGCACGCCAGAGGUAUCCACAGAUCAGCAUCCGUUCCCCGAGGGUUUAUGAUGAUCCCAGUGUGAUCAUACCCCUGGUGGAUUCUCCAGAGGCGCCCUCAACUUCCUCGCCACCACCUCCCAUGCGCAGCGCUUUCACCAAGGUGGCCUCCUCAUCGCUGUCUACUGCAUCAUCCUCACCUUCGACAACUUCCCGUUUGGAGUCACCCGUGGAUGUUGGAGCUCCUCCUCUGAGUCCCGACCAGCUGAGCUGUCACUCGAUGAGUCCGCCUUUGGUAACGCCACCGCCCAGGACCAACAGUGGUGGCCAGAACCCAAAUCCCCUGCCGGCUAAUCCCAUUGUGUACCACAACUUCCGGCCGGAGUAUCAGUUCAAUGGAGCCUUCCAGGCGGUCAAUCCCAUGCAGGCUUUGCAGGCACAGCAGCGACUCAAGCAGCAAUUGCUGUACACCCGUCCUCCAGGACCAGGAAAUCCCAAUGGAGGCGGAGUACCCAUGCCGGGAAAUUCACCACCAGGUCCACCGUCGGAGUUUCUGCAUGGCUAUCCGGGAUUUGCUCCGCCACCACAUCCAUUCGCCGUAUCCCAACCUCUGCAGAAUCCCGCUGCUGCGGCCAUACUCUCCACGCUGAUUCCACCCACCUUGGCAUCCACUUUCACCCUGACCGCCCAGAAUGUCUGCGCCAAGUGCAAUAUAAGCUUCCGGAUGACCAGCGAUCUGGUGUAUCACAUGCGAUCCCAUCACAAAAGCGAGGUGGCCUGUGAUCCCAAUCGGCGCAAGAGGGAGGAGAAACUGCGAUGUCCCGUCUGCCAGGAGACCUUCAGGGAGCGUCACCACUUGACGCGACACAUGACCGCCCACCAGGACAAGGCCAGUGAUCACCAGCCGCAGUUGGAGGACUCAUCCUCCUCCGCCGGCGGAGAUAACGAGAUCAUCAACGUGGUUGGAGGCACACCACCAGGUCGCCGAAUGGGCGGCAUGUCCAAAUGAUCGAAGCAUUUCUUCGGAUAUUUUUAAGGCAUCUCCCCACCACCCGCAUCCGUUGGUUUAACCCAUAACGCCCGUUUUCGAUUGUGAUAUUAAUUUUAGUUUCCCUCACGCUCCGAUUUCAUUUCCCUUAGCCUUAAAUGUAGUGCAAUUUGUAUCUUAAAUAUCUCACUGGAUCCCCCUGUACGUCUAUUAAUUCUAUAACUUAUCCAGGGACCCGAAAGGAUUCCGAGUUUGAUCAUUGUAAAAUAUUAUAGUUAAGUUGCAGAUCUGCUAGUAUUAGCAUUCAA